UAUCUGUCGUAUGCUGGCGACAGGGGAAUUUCUCAUCGGGACGAUCAGUACCAGCCGAGAAGCAGAGGAAGAACAUUCGUUCUCCUGGAUCGCAUAGACAUGUACAUAUUACUAGCUCUGUUCCUGGUGAUACUGCACCUUCUAGUACUACUUGUUUACCUGUACCUGACCUGGCACCAUAAGUACUGGAGCAAACGGGGACUUACCACAGCUCAACCGCUUACAGUGCUCGGUACGUAUCCUGGUCUGCUUACCCGAAAAAGCAACUUGGUCAUUGAUAUCCAGAAAAUAUACGAUAAGUACAAGGGAAAACACCGAGCUGUCGGUGUUUUUGUGACGCGCCAACCCCAGAUCCUGAUCCUCGAUCCGGAGCUGGCUCACGAUGUGCUGGUUGGAAAUUAUCGAUGCUACAAGGAUUCGCUGACCAGCUCGUACAUAAGGCAUGCUAAACAGGACAAGUACGCCCGCCUCAAUCCAUUUUGGGCCUCCGGAGAAUCCUGGCGAAGACUUCGAUCCGAGGCCCAAGCUGGCCUUUCGGGCCAUCGCCUUAAACACGGCUAUGCCAUUUGGAAGCAGGGCGGAAAAAUGCUGAUCAACUACAUGACCCAGCAGGUGGAUCACAACAAUACCCUUGAGACUAGAGAUCUCUGCUUUCGUUACACGGCUCAUGUGAUGGCUGACUUCAUUUGGGGCAUCGAUGCUGGCACGUUUACCCGACCCGAGCAGCCAAACAAGAUCCAAUAUAUGGCUACCAGAUGGACCAGCUACGCCUUCUAUAUGAUUUCGUGGUUCAUGGCCACCAUAGUAGCUCCAGGGAUUCGCCUGCUGUUGAAAUUCCGCUUCUACCCCAAAGACACGGAAGAGUUUUUCUCGAACUUGACCAAGGAGUCAAUAGAAAUGCGCCUGAAAAGUGGUAAAAACUCCAGCCGAACGGAUUAUCUCUCCCAUUUACUCCAACUUCGUGAGCAGAAACAGGCCACCCACGACGAUCUGGUAGGUCACGCUCUGACGGUUCUGCUGGAUGGUUACGACACUACCGGAACGGCCCUCCUUCAUGCACUGUAUUACUUGGCGGAAAGUCCUGCAGCUCAACAAAAGCUGCGCACGGAAAUCUUUUCUAGCUUGGAUGAAGAAAAGAGCAUCGAUUUUGACAAACUUUGCGGCCUACCCUAUUUAGAGCAAGUCGUCUAUGAAUCCCUUCGACUUAGCAGCUUGAUACCACAAUACACGAAAGUUUGCACAACUUCCACGGAUAUUAAGCUAAGCGAGCUCAAAAAUAUCCGAGUGGAGAAGGGCAUUAUGAUCAUGAUACCCAAUUAUCAGUUCCAUCAUGACGAAAAAUAUUUUUCCGACCCCGAAGACUUUAGACCAGAACGAUUUGAUAACGGGGCUUAUCAGGAGCUCAUGCGAAAAGGAAUAUUCCUGCCCUUCAGUGAUGGCCCCCGUGUUUGUAUGGGGAUUCGGCUGGCUCUAUUGACAUUAAAAUCCGCACUGUUUUAUAUUAUAUGCAACUUUUAUGUGGUGCGGAAAACAGAGCGAUUGAUCCCCAGGGGAGACUCAGGUUUCGGCGUUGUACUACAAGGGGACAUCAAUUUGGAAUAUCGACGAGUUUUCCGAUGAGGACGAUCAAUAAUGUUUUAUAUUAUCAUUACGAUUCCUGAUGAAAUAAAAAUAUAUACAUAUGUUUGGAAAUAAAUAAUUCGCUAUUUGAAAUAAACAACAUGAAUGAUAA